AACGGGGAAUUUGCGUUUUAAAAAAACUCCGAGAGGGAGUAGUUUUGAAUAGUUUUGAACGUUCAUCCAACUCGGAAUUCUUUCUUGAACUCCGGCUUUCCGACCUGAAGAUGACCUACGUCAUGAUUUGACCUCGUAUUUCUUCGAGUUCCCAGCUGCCUUGAAAGCAUCCCAGUCAGUACUUAGACAGUGCGACGGUUUGUCCACCGAGAACAGACUUUUCGCUGUUUCCUUGUUAGGUGCCGAAAACAAGAUGCUCUCUUACAUCAUUGGGCUCAUUCGGAGCAGUAUCGACAACAUCAUCAACCUCAUCCUGAGCCUCUUCCUCUCAAAGAAGAAACGUGCCAUCACUCUAGAGGACCCCAACAUCAAAUAUGCAUUAAAGCUGAUUGAUAAAGAGAUCAUCAGUCAUGACACAAGGAAAUUCCGUUUUGCCCUGCGGGAGAAGGAUCAUGUCCUUGGGCUACCCAUUGGGCAACACAUAUACCUGUCUGCCAAGCUGGAUGGAGUCCUGGUGGUCAGACCGUACACACCUGUGUCUAGUGAUGACGACGUAGGCUUCGUAGACCUGGUAGUCAAGAUUUACUACAAGAACGUUAACCCAAAAUUUCCUGAAGGUGGGAAGAUGAGUCAGUACUUGGAGAGCCUCCGGAUUGGCGACACCAUUGACUUCAGAGGGCCCAGCGGCCUGCUGGUCUACCAAGGAAACGGGGCUUUUGCCAUCAAGGCAGAAAAAAAGGCGGAGCCUGUGAUCAAAACCGCCAAGAAAGUGGGCAUGAUCGCAGGAGGGACCGGAAUCACUCCCAUGCUGCAGAUCAUCACAGCUAUAAUGAAGGAUCCCCAGGACCAGACUGUGUGUCACCUGCUCUUUGCCAACCAGACUGAGAAAGACAUCUUGCUUCGACCGGAGUUGGAGGAGAUCGCAGCUAAUCACCCAACCCGAUUCAAGCUAUGGUUCACCCUGGACAGGGCGCCUGAGGAGUGGGCGUACAGCCAAGGCUUCAUCAGUGAAGAGAUGGUGAGAGACCACCUUCCACCCCCUGGAGAUGACACUCUCAUCCUUCUGUGCGGACCGCCUCCCAUGAUCCAGUUUGCUUGUAACCCCAACCUAGACAAAGUGGGCCACGCCAGCAGCCGGAGGUUCACCUUUUAGACGCCACCCUGGGGGAGGGGGUUAAAAAGGGGUUCCCCAGGGCUCAAUGAUCAGCCACACCCAACAUUUAUAAAAAUACGCUUGAUCAUGUAUUGAAAUCAUUUCGCUCAUCCUACAGCAGAAUUAGUGUGGACCAUUUUCUGUAAUUUGGUGUGCCUCAAUUUCCAAAACAGAAUCCUGAAAUGAGUGGUGUCCAAAGCAUUUUCUGUUGAUCAGUGAUUUCUGAUUAACAGGUUUAUCAUUCUGAAUUGAAUCACUGGUAGUUGGGGAGGAGUAGAAAACCUAUUUGAACGUUCCUCCUGUCAAACUAAUUGUGACAACAGAUACUUGUAUACUGAACAAAAUAUAAACGCAACAUGCCACAACGUCAAACAUUUUACUGAGUUACAGAAUUAGUUUUUCCCCACAAGGGCUUUGUUAAAGACAUACUCAUGGCCUUUUAUUGUCCCCAGCACAAGGUGCACCUAUGUAAUGAUCGUGCUCUUUAAUCAGCUUCUUGAUAUGCCACACCUGUUAGGUGUGGAUUAUCUUGGAAAGGAGAAAUGCUCACUAACGGAAUGUAAACAAAUUUGUACAGAAAAUCAGCUUUUUGUGCGACUGGAAAUUUGCUGGGAUCUUUUAUUUCAGCUCAUGAAACCAACACUUUACAUAUUGCGUUUAUAUUUUUUUGUUCAGUAUAGUUGUAAUUUGACUCGUGUGCCUUGCAAUUGCCAUCUUUUGGUGAAGUAAUUCUUGUUUUUGUAUGCACAGCUGAAGACAUGACAUAAUACUGCUCACUUUGCUUCUACUGCAAAUUAUUCCAUAAAGUGUUAUGUAUAACUUUGCAUAUUGAUGUACUUAUUCCAUAUUGUUGCAGAAAGAUUCUCAUUGUGUGACUACUAAAAGAGGGGGAUAUCUUGAAGCUGUUACUGAAGUCUUUACAUGUGCUUAAAUGUGUAAUUUGCUUACAUGUCCUUACAGCACUUGAAUUACGGUUUCAUUAUGUAUCAUGUUUGUUAAAUACAUUGAGACCAAUAAAAUACAAAUGCAUUAA